CGUCCGGCGGACCGCAGAUGAACAGCAAAGAUGCAGCGAGACAAAACCGGAAGCUCCGGUGGCGCGGAUAAGUCGGAAAGAGAGACUGCCAUCAUGUCUAAAUACUAUGAUGGGGUCGAGUUUCCCUUCUGCGAUGAAUUCUCUAAAUAUGAGAAGCUGGCAAAGAUCGGCCAGGGCACCUUUGGGGAAGUGUUCAAAGCCAAACACAGACAGACGGGGAAGAUGGUUGCUCUGAAGAAAGUACUAAUGGAGAACGAGAAGGAAGGGUUCCCCAUCACAGCGCUACGGGAGAUCAAGAUCUUACAGCUGCUCAAACAUGAAAAUGUAGUGAAUCUCAUUGAGAUCUGCAGGACAAAAGCCACCCAGUUUAACCGUUAUAAGGGCAGCAUCUAUCUAGUGUUUGAUUUCUGUGAGCAUGACCUGGCCGGGCUGCUGAGCAACGUUAAUGUUAAAUUCACUCUGGCUCAGAUUAAGAAGGUGAUGCAGAUGCUGCUAAAUGGACUUUACUACAUACACAGAAACAAGAUCCUCCACAGAGACAUGAAGGCAGCUAAUGUUUUGAUCACCAGAGAUGGAGUUCUGAAGCUGGCUGAUUUUGGGUUGGCUAGAGCGUUCAGUUUGGCCAAGAACAGUCAGGGGAACCGCUACACAAACCGGGUCGUCACACUGUGGUACAGGCCACCUGAAUUACUGCUGGGAGAGCGAGACUACGGGCCUCCUAUAGAUCUGUGGGGUGGAGGGUGUAUCAUGGCAGAGAUGUGGACCAGAAGCCCCAUCAUGCAGGGCAACACAGAACAACACCAGCUCACACUCAUCAGCCAGCUGUGUGGCUCUAUUACACCAGAGGUUUGGCCUGAAGUGGACAAGAAGUAUGAACUCUAUCAGAAGAUGGAGCUUCCUAAAGGGCAGAAGCGUAAGGUGAAGGACAGACUGAAGGCUUAUGUGAAAGAUCCGUACGCUCUGGACCUCAUAGACAAACUGCUGGUUCUGGAUCCGGCUCAGAGAAUAGACAGCGAUGACGCGCUCAACCAUGACUUCUUCUGGUCUGACCCCAUGCCCUCUGACCUCAAAAUCAUGCUCUCCACGCACAACACCUCCAUGUUCGAAUACCUGGCCCCUCCGCGCAGAAGAGGUCACAUGCCUCAACAGCCAGCCAAUCAGAACAGAAACCCUGCCACCACCAGCCAAUCAGAGUUUGACAGAGUGUUUUGAUCAAAUUGGUGACUGGCUUGUACAGGCUGGGAUUGGUUAAAAAGAAGAGAGAGACGUCUGAUUGGGUGAAUAGGUGGAACAACAUAUAUGACAUUUCUAUGCAUUUCUUGAGUUCCUAAACAGUGUUGCGUUGAACAUCCGCUGAGUAGUCAUUCAGACAAGCUCUUCCUUGGUUACAAAAUAAUACUGAUUGUGGAUCAGUCCAGCCCAGUUGAACUUACAUGAAUUGCUUAAUGCUGCUGACUGAGCUGAUCCAGGAACAACCUUAACACUGAUUGCAUUGGUGUGCUGUCAGUUAAUUGUAGGAGCGAAAAGAAAAGUUAAAAUGCUUUUGACUGAAAGGUAAAGGCUGAUGUCUGUGUGUUCUUGGACUGUUUUCAUGCACAAUUAGUCUAUUAUUGGAUGUCAGUAUUCUGAAAAGAUGAUUUUUGUUUGAAAAUACUUUAGGUGAAAUCUAGGUUACUUUAUGUCUAGAGUUAUUUAAACCCCUGGUUAGAUGUUAUUGUUAAUUUAAAUUUUUUAAAUGAUGAUUUUAUUUUGGAAGCUCAUGUGUUAGUGUUGGGUUGGAUUUAUGGCGUAUAAGUUACUUGUAAGUAUAAUACACUAAUAAAACCCACA